AUGUCGUGGCCUUCAACGUGUUAUAGUAGCAGUGAUACUAUUCUUCUGGUCAAAGAUUCAAUGAGAAAAGAUAUACUUGAUAAAAAUUUUAAUCGACUUGCUGAUGUGUCUAUCGAUUAUGCAUGGAUGUGUUAUCUGGUUUUGACGUUUUUCCAUCGUUUUCUUCGAGUACAAUUUACUUCGAGUAUUCGCCCUUCAGCUCAAUUAUUCGCUAGAGAACCUAGUUUGAUGGCUACAACGUCGAUUAAUUAUACUUUUUCUAAUUAUAUUCAAACUCAAUUAGUUUAUGCAUGCGACAUGAUUGAACUGGGAAAAUAUUCUUUGUGUAAUGUCGACAUUUAUUAUCAUCUGCUAUCCGGUGAGUUGUUUUGGUUAUUCGAUCAGAACUAUACUCAACUAGGACAAGUUUUGAAGCCAAUGCUAUACGAAGACAAAGGUGGUACCAAUCAAUAUCCCACAUGUUUCGUUCAGCACGAAACUGAUGCGAUCGCUUGUAGGGAAAGAGUUUGCUUCGGUCGUCAAAUUCUAAACGAAACUAGCAAUACUCUGUUUAACUGUGGAAUACCGGCAUCACAUUCAAUUGAUCAAGAUAAAGACAACUUGAGGGUGAUAUUCAAUAUUCGAACGCAAUUAUGCUUGCAUGACAUGCAAUACUCUGAAAUAUUCUAUACAUGCAACAUAGAGAAAUGCAAUGGGCAAGAUACUCUUGAUCAAGUAUCAAGGAUUACUUCUCAGUAUUACGACAUACGUAAUUUACAAGCGCCUUUUUAUUUAAACCAUACUAAAUUUUCAUCGACCUACUGUCAAACUUCAUCCGGAGUGUCAACUAGUUCAACGACAUCAAGCACAACGAGUACUACAAAAUUACGUACAACGACACGAACAAGCACUACUCGUUCACAAUCAGCGACUACAGUUGAAAAACGUCAAACAACUACGUUCGACAAGAUUACGACAUCGGUGAGCAGCACUAUACAACAAUCAAGUGUUAUGUCUAGCGCCAUACCGUCGACAAUGCCUAUGACGACAAUUCAGCCAGCGAAAAACACGGCUAUUCCUCUUCGAGAACAUCUCAUUUUUAUUUUCCUUACUUCUUUGCUUCUCUGA